GCACCUGACUUCGUCUUCCGGAAGCGGAGAGGCGGACCCGCGACGAGUGGGUUCAGACGGAGGUUGAGGCUGCAAGGACCGAGAGGGACCCGGUCCCGCCGUCGGCGCCGAGGUGGAGCAGGAUGGACGAGGCCGGCAGCUCAGCGGGCGGCGGCGGCAGCAGCUUCCGCCCGGGCGUGGACAGCCUGGACGAGCCUCCCAACAGCCGCAUCUUCCUGGUCAUCAGCAAGUACACGCCCGAGGCGGUGCUGCGGGAGCGCUUCUCGCCGUUCGGCGAGAUCCAGGACAUCUGGGUGGUGCGGGACAAGCACACGAAGGAGUCCAAGGGCAUCGCCUUCAUCAAGUUCGCCCGCAGCUCGCAGGCCUGCAGGGCCAUGGAGGAGAUGCACGGACAGUGCCUCGAGCCCAACAACACGAAGCCCAUCAAGGUUUUUAUUGCUCAGUCCAGAUCAUCUGGAAGUCACCGAGAUGUUGAAGAUGAAGAACUUACAAGAAUCUUUGUUAUGAUACCGAAAUCCUACACAGAAGAAGAUCUGAGGGAAAAAUUUAAGGUGUAUGGAGAUAUCGAGUAUUGCAGCAUUAUUAAGAAUAAAGUCACUGGAGAAAGUAAAGGUUUGGGCUACGUACGAUAUUUAAAACCAUCACAAGCUGCCCAAGCAAUAGAAAACUGUGAUCGAAGUUUUAGAGCAAUCUUGGCUGAACCGAAAAAUAAACCAUCUGAAUCCUCAGAACAAGAUUACUAUAAUAAUAUGAGGCAGGAGGCUUUGGGACAUGAACCUAGAUUAAAUAUAUUUCCUUUUGUUGGAGAUCAACAAUCUGAAUUUCCAAAUUUUGACAAGAAUGACAGCAGAGGCCAGGAAUCUAUCUCUAAACGCCUGUCAGUUGUAUCGAGAGUUCCUUUCACCGAAGAACAGCUUUUCAGCAUUUUUGAUAUAAUACCAGGAUUGGAGUAUUGUGAAGUUCAACGAGAUCCUUAUUCAAAUUACGGUCAUGGAGUGGUUCAGUAUUUUAAUGUAGCAUCAGCUAUUUAUGCAAAAUACAAGUUACAUGGAUUUCAGUACCCUCCUGGGAAUCGAAUAGGUGUUUCGUUCAUUGAUGAUGGGAGUAAUGCAACAGAUCUCCUUAGAAAAAUGGCAACGCAGAUGGUAGCUGCGCAACUUGCCUCUAUGGUGUGGAAUAACCCAAGCCAACAGCAAUUUCUGCAGCAAUUUGGAGGAAGUUCUGGAUCACAGUUGCCUCAAAUCCAGACAGAUGUUAUACUUCCAUCAUGUAAAAAAAAAGCUGAUCCAGAAACUCCUGUGAAAGAAAGACUCUUUAUUGUGUUUAAUCCUCAUCCUUUACCUUUAGAUGUAUUAGAGGAUAUAUUCUGUCGUUUUGGUAACCUGAUCGAAGUGUACCUUGUGUCAGGAAAAAACGUGGGUUAUGCCAAGUUUGCAGAUAGAGUGAGCGCCAAUGAUGCCAUUGCAACCUUGCAUGGGAAGAUUCUGAAUGGGGUCAGACUUAAAGUUAUGCUCGCAGAUUCCCCAAGAGAAGAGUCUAACAAGCGGCAGAGAACUUACUGACUCUCAG